GGUUGGACAACCACCAGUGUUUGUUUGCAAUGGCUUGUAAGCGCUUCACGGCUGGUGCUGGCUGGCCCGAUUGGACAAAGGCGACGGUUGCCUUUGGCUAUUUGGUUGUGAUACAGGUGCUGCCGCCGCCCACCACGUUUGCUGUGGAGAAUGGCUGGCGAAUGUAUUCGGGUCGAAGAAUACCCUGGAAUCUAUUCAGCCCAAAGGUACCUUUUCAAGCAACAGUGGUUCCAAAUCAAGCUCAACCUCAUACACUGACGCGGCCAAAUGGCGCGGCUGACUGGGAGACCUGCCACAUUACACUGAGUCAUCACGGCAAGGUUCCGUUCUUGGAAGGGCAGUCCAUUGGUGUGAUGGCAACGCCCUCGAGCACGACGCCUACGUUGUCCAAAGCAAAGUUACGGCUGUAUUCGAUUGCCUCGUCUCGACUGGGGGACGACGGGCGAGGCAAGACGCUGUCUCUCUGCGUCAAGCGGGUCGCGGGUGGGGAAGGCGGGUUGCGCGGCGUGUGCUCAAACUAUCUUUGUGAUGCAAAAGCUGGGGACAAGAUCACAAUAACAGGGCCGACUGGGAAGGACAUGCUGUUGCCGGAUGAUUUGAACAGCACGCUGAUCAUGGUCGCAACCGGAACUGGUGUAGCUCCAUUCCGUGCGCAUCUCAGAUGGUUGUUUCAUGAUGGAAGAACCGAUGGUAGCAAAUUCACUGGUCUUGCAUGGCUUUUUCUGGGAGUGCCCCAUGGGUCGUCUCUUCUAUAUGACGACGAGCAUCAAGCAUACAAGGCUCAGUUUCCAGACCGCUUCCGCUAUAGCUACGCGACUAGUCGUCAAGGUGAGAAGGAGUAUGUGCAAACCAGGAUGAUGGAACAUGGUGAUGAGUUGUGGCAGCUGCUGCAGUUGCCCAACACCCACCUGUACAUCUGCGGCCUCAAGGAUUUGGAGCGCAGCGUGAACGAGCUGCUGGAAUCCAUUGCUGGCGGUACUUGGAAUGGGAUGCGGCGAGUGAUGCAGCAGCAGCAACGCUAUCACUGCGAAGUGUUCUGACAGGGCCAAAGGCGUCCGUUUGAAUGCCUUUCUUUGCUUGUCAGGAAGGAGUCCUUCGGAAGGAGCA